CGCGCGUGUUUGGAGGGCGAUGCUGCUGCACGGGGCGCCCCUCUGGCUCUUGGGAGCGGCGCUGGGGUCCUUCGUGCUUGGAGCUCUUCGCGGCCCACCCACACACUCCCUGAGCUACUUCUACCUGCACCUGCCAGAGCCCAGCCUGGGGCCACCUCAGUUCUCCAUUUGGAGCUACCUGGACAACCAGCCCAUCGCUCGCUUUGACAGCCUCACCAGGAAGAUGGAGCCCCUGGUGCCCUGGAUGGGGGAGGUGGAGAAGGAGGCCUUUCUUUCUCCGGA